AUGUCAUCUGAAUCUACAGAGAACCUGCCUGAGAAAUCAGACGUGAUUAAUGUUCCAGCCGAGUCGAUCACAGGAGAAACAGUUACCGGAGAAACAAAAAGAAGCGAUGUGAAAGCCCAGCCAACAGUUCCACAAAGUUUGUCAGCGAUAAAACUUAAGGAAGAAGAAAUGUUGAAGCGCAUCGCCGAAAUGGAGACAAAGAAAGCUGAAAUCAUGGCUCGUAUACAAGAAAUGGAAGAAAUUGGUGUAAAAACAGAGAAACUCAGACAGGAAAAGCUAGAAAAAAUAGCGAAAGCACAAGAGAGAGAGGCUUUAUUGAAAACAGAAAACGAGAAGUUAGGUCUUCGAAAACCGAGAAAUGCUGAGGAAGAAGUGAUUUUUAAGCGAAUAGUAGAGCUGGAAAGCCGUAAAAAGGCUAUCCUUGAUCGUAUCGAAGACAUCGAACGAGUCAAAUCCAAAGGUUUGGAGUAUAAGGAGCGUGCAGAGAAACUACGUCAAAAGUUAGAAGAGAAACGUCAAAAACAAAUAGAUGAGCAACAGAAGGAAACUCAAAGCAUUUCCGUCACUACUGAUAACACAGAUAAUCGGAUGGUCAAUGUUGAAGAAGCUGUAAGAUCUAUGAAUUUCACAGAAUCGUGUGACGAAAACAAAAAUGAAGACGAAAAGAAAACUGGUGAAGUUUCAAAAACAGUUGAAACGGAUCUAAGCAUCUCUUCUCCAGCUGUUGUAGAAACAGUCGAACAUACUAUUGAUGCUUAA